CGGUCUCAGUAGACGGGCAAUGGAGCAACAGGAGGAUCUGCCCAAUGCCAGCGUGCGGGAGACUCUUGAGAAAGUGCUUGGGCGCAGCGACUACACGCUCGAGCUGGCCUGCGCUAAGGGCAACAACUACCUGGGCAUUGUGUGGCGGAUACACGUCCCGCCGGAUCAGAGUCUGGUCCUGAAGCUGCCGCCCCAGAACGCCGUCAGGCGCAAGCAAUUCUUUGCCCGGCCGUGCUUCAAGCGCGAGGCGCUGGCCUACGAGCAGUUCCUGCCGCUUGCGAACCGAUUUCAGACAGAGCGAAAGCUGGAGGAGGCGCAACAGUUUCGCCACUACGCGCACCACUUGGCCACGCGCCAGGACGAGCCCAACGAGUGCAUUGUGCUGGAGGACUUGUGUCGCGCUGGCUACCAAAUGCACGAUCGCUUCGCCGAACUGACGACCGCGUACGUCUCCCUGGUCAUGGGCGCCUAUGCCAAGCUGCAUGCCGUUUCUCUGGCCAUGAAGCAGCGACAGCCGCAGCAGCUGCGGCCCUUCCAGCAGAUGCUGGACAUAUUUGAGCAGCGGCGCUCCGACGAAGGCCUGGCUGCCUACUUCGAGCAGCUGAAGCUGAGCGCCCUGGAUGCCCUCCGUCCGCAGACCGACCGCAGUUACAUGGAGCGCCUGCGAGAGUAUUUCGGGCGGGGCAGUUACUUUGAGAUGCUCACAGCGCUGCUCAGUGGCUCCAACUGCGAGCCAUUUGCAGUGGUCUGCCACGGCGACAGCUGGAACAACAAUUUCCUGUACAAAUGCCAGCCGGGCAGCGAGGAGCCGGCUGAGGUCCGCCUCAUCGACUGGCAGCUAAUGCGCUACGCCUCGCCCGUCACCGACCUGGCCUACUUCCUGUUCACCUGCACCACGCGCGACUUUCGACGGCAGCACUACGAGUCGAUGCUCGAGCUGUACUACGAAGCGCUGCGACAGCAAUUGAUCAGAUUGGGCGAGCGGCCAGAAGUCGUAUUCCCGCUGUCGGCGUUCAAGCAGCAGCUGCAGGAGAAGGGCGCCGUGGGCUUGCUGCUGGCCAUGAUGGUGUUGCCCAUUGUGACCAUUCGCAGCGAGGAUGCGCCCGAUCUGCAGGCCAUCAGCGACCUGGUCGAAGGCGGCGCCGCAACCAACUUACGAAAAGUCGGCUUCCUGGGCGACGGCAACGAGCUGCUCUACAAGCAACGCAUGCGCGGCGUCAUUUUGGACUGUGUAGAUUAUAAUUAUAUAUAAUUGUUGCAUCAUUGUAUCACUUACCCUAUUCUGA